UCUUUAGCUUCAGAAAGCACAGAAGUUUACCUGACAGCGACAAUACAGGGGAACUGUAGCAGACGUUCAGAAGUUGCCGCGAAAUUUCCAGAAAUGGUUAGAUAAUCUACUUGAUCCGUAUACCGGAGUGUAUAGAAUACUGCCAUAAAAUUUAUCAUUAAAAGGGAAUCUUAAUCAAUCUGCUCUUAGACGAAAUCUCAAUAUUUCUGUAAAAACAAAACGACAUUUUGAACGAAACAAGUAUUCGAAUUUACAUUUCUUCUCUAAAUGUCCUUAUAGGCUUGUCAAAUUGCCUUUAAGUUUGGCUGCUCAUCUGCCAACACCGUGAACACCAGGUAAGGUGCAGUUUGUCUCAACACUGAAACAGCAAACGCUAACGCAAAUCUGUGUUCUGGAGCGAGGAGGAGCUUUAUCUCAGUUUUGCUCAUUUAAGUGUUAAAACUGGUGUUUCUGCUCUAAAAACUCUUAGAUAAUGCAAAAUAAUCUACAUUUGAAUUACAUUUUAUGUACUGUACAGCAAUAGAUUGACACAGAAUGACAUGAAUUAAUUUAUUUACCUUGGUUUAUUAGAUCAAAAAUACUCUUUUGGUUAAAUCUCAAUGUAUUUAACACUUAAAAGUCACUAAAGUUCAAAUAGAAUGUCGAAGAGGGCACCGUGCCGUAAAGAGCACGAUGGAUAAAUUAUGACUGAUUAUGCAAUUGAAGCCGUGUGGUUAUUCAGCUUUUGUCACGCAAGGUACGCCUUCGUCGAAUUGCUCUCGCUUCAAACUCUGUCCUUUCGGUUACAUACUUUGUUUAGCGCUGGAUUCUUUCUAAUCUUUAGGCUACUCAUUUUAUAAAAAGUCAGAAAAGACCACAAGACGCCUAUAUCUCCAAGUAUAACGUUGCGGAAAUUGAGUAUUGCGGGUUUCCUAAUUCAUAACCUGUUUAACUAUUACUCAAAUAACGUUAUUUAAAUUAAGGUAGCGACAAUUUUUUCACAGAACAAAGACAACAACAAGGUCCCAUAAUGAAAAUGUUAUUUAUUGUAACAAAUGGCUUUGUAUUGUAAUCGCAAUAAGCUUUUAAGGGAGAGAUAAAACAAAUAUUAGGAAAAGGUAAUGUAGUUAUAUUCUCUAAAUUUGACAAAUGUUUGAAUAGGUGAAGAAUGUAAAAGCGGUUCAAGAAACUACUUGCAAACCUAAAUGAACUCUUCCCACGAUUUCGUUUUGUUUAAUACAGACUGUAUAAUCAGUCAUAACUUAUGCGUCUUACUCUUUUCGGCACGGUGUUCGAUUCGGCAUUUUACUUCCUUCCCCCCUUACCUAGGUGUGGCAGUGUUGUUCUCGACUUCAUGAUGAGGUUCAAUCGAAGUGUGGUCGUCAGCAAUGUUUUGACUGUCCUGUUGGAUGCUGCAAGGCAAGACAAAUUCGGAGGUUUUAAAGUCGAUCCAGAAUCAAUUAAACAAGUUUUUAUACCCACAGACGACUCGGAAAGCACAAUAAAAGGUUAAUUUUACGAAUAAAUAUUAUUGUUAAAUGUUUACACGUAUUCGUACGAAUAUGGACUUUUUAGAAUUAUAUUCCGUAUCUGUUUAAUUAAACAACUCAAUACUGUGAGUCGUACGUCUCCAAGUUUUGUUUUUGUCGCUGUUGUUGUUUUUAUUCAAUUAAACAAAAUCUUACUUUUAAAAAUAAUUAUAGAGAUAGUAGCACCUUGCUUUUCCUUAAUACCUAGCCAAUUAGAGUUAACGGUUUUCGUUCAUGAGCGUAAGCUAUGUAGUGAGAGCAGUGUAUUGACCACGAUCACUGUAAAUGUUUUUUGAAUGUUACCUGAUCAAGCUUUGUAAAAUGAAUCAUUUUAGGUCCUGAGGAAUGUACCUGCCCAUCUAACAACGUCUCGUUAGCCAUAAAUGGGGUUCUUGCCUUCAUAAUCGUUCUUCUAAUUAUUUACAUAAUCUGGCUACAUAAGAAAGGUAGGUAAAAAAUCCAUAAUCUAUGAUAGAGGGUUUGGCUGCAAGAUUCAUUAUUAAGCAAAAGCAAAUCUUGACCCACAUUCACAUCGUUUGCCUUUUUUUCCUUUCGUUCUUUUCCAGGCGCUGUAGGUAAACAGAGGUAAGAAUUUGCUGCAACUUGGAUUGUGUCCUUGUAAUGUACCAGAUAUGGUAUCAUCUUAUAACAAACCUCCACUUAAAACUGAUGCAAUUCUCAGCUCGUCAUAAUUAUUUAUAUACUUUCUCAAUUGUAGGACUUAUGAAGAUAAAAGAGGUGUUUCCUACGUAAGUUACAGCCAAGACGUUGAGGUCAUUUUAGUGUGGCCAGUAAUUAUGUAAUCUCACUUUACCUCUACUCGCUAGAAGGAAAUAAAGGCUUAGAACAAAUAGGAAGGAAAAAAGGUGUAGUUCUACCAAAAAAGGCAAAAUGCAUUAGUGACAGGUACAAUAGAAUAUAGGAAGAAGUUUGACUCGAUAGGGUCUUUGUCCUGGGAUCAUGUCAUUUACCAAGCUACUCCAUGGAUUUUCCUUCGGUUGUUUCUGGGUCAAUUGCAUGGUUUCACUUCAUAGAUCGCUAACUGGUCUGCACCCGGUUGAUAUUUGUUUUGUAAAUAAUUUUUUUUUCACGCCGUUUUGGCCGUCUGUUUAUCUUGAUGCCUUACUUUCAAAGCGUUAGUCCAGGAGCUUAGUACAACAAGAGUUUUUUUUUCGUGUGUGCAUUUGUCAAAAAGUUGCACUACCAAUUGACGAUCCUCAUGUUGCAGUUUGUAGCUUCAGUGAAUAUGCUAUGAACCUCGAUCACUCCAUUGGACAUGAUAGCUUCAAUGGCAGAGAACAAAGUGUUAGUAAUAAUAAAUAUUAGUAAUAUUUAAGGACAAGAGAUUAUAAACUAUUAAUAAUCUCUUGUUAUGAAAUAAUAUAAACGCUUGUCUGAUGAAAACGGUAAACUGAUUUUUAUGAAAAUGUAGGAAAUUUUAUUGGGAUUAAUAACAGAUUUGUAUAUGAUACCUUAACGGUAUGUUGGUUUAAUAGAAUGAAACAGGAUUAGAAGAUAGCGAACCAAGUCUACCCGAUUCAGCAAAACUCACCCAGCCUCCUGCGGAAUACAUGGAUCUCAUAGAAGUCAACAAACAUGAUAGAAAAGCACAAAGUACCGCUUCAGGUGCUGAUUACGUGCCUCUUCAUCCGUUAACACGCUGCUGGGAAGUUUCAAGACACCACGUGACCAUAGAAAAAAUUAUUGGUAAAGGUGCUUUUGGUCAGGUUGCCAAGGGAACAGCAGUAGGACUUCAAGGGAGUCCUGAAGCGACCACAGUGGCUAUUAAGAUGCUUAAAAGUGAGUUCUUGAACUGUAAAUUGAAUGACAGUCGUGGCCUACAGUCAUAUACUGUUACCGGGUUACGUAACUUUUGGCUAUUUGUCAUUCGAUAACUUAUGUCGCUAUUCGACAUUUUGCAUAUUAUUUUCGUUAACCAAAUUUUACUCCUUGUUUUUAACGCUCCAGCAAACGCUACUGAAUCGGACAAGAGAGAUUUGAUGAAAGAACUUGACACAAUGAAGCAGCUGAAACCACAUCCUUAUGUCAUUAAACUUCUGGGAUGCGUUACAGAAUCUGGUAAGCUUUGAUUAUGAGGUCCAAUUUUGCUGUACACAUUUUGCAUCUGAUUUACUCUGUAACGCUUUCUCGUCAUUGAUAAUUUGCUUCAAUGGAAGAUUCACUGCUUCACAAUCGCGCACAAAAAACAACCAUCGCAUAUGGUAAUUUUAUCCUUUUUUAGCUAACAGCGACGCUCUUAGAUUUGCUGAUAGACGAAGACCAAAUAUCUGCCAUUGUACAAGCCAUUCUGUUGUAUGAGCAGAAUCGUUCUUUCUAAGGGAAUAUUUGGCCUGUAUCUUCUUAUGAGACCGUUACAAAGUUUUUCAGCUUUUCUUCGUAAAACUACAUCUUGUUUUCGUGCGAUUUCUUCAAAAGUAUUGAACCUGACUGUGCUAUUUAUUUAUUUUACUUAUUGCUAAUUUUUUUAGAGGGAGAAAUAUAUAAAUGAAACUGUUUAAUUUCUUCAGAACAGCUGCUGGUUUUGAUUGAAUAUGUGCCUUUUGGGGAUCUGCUGGGUUACCUGAGAAAGAGCCGUGGAUUAAAAGACACUUACUUCAAAGACCCGGAUAUCAAACCACAAACAAAUCUGACGUCACAGCAGCUGAUGAAGUUUGCUUGGCAAAUUGCUGAUGGAAUGAGUUAUUUGUCCUCAAAAUCUGUAAGUUAAUUACAAAGGCACCAAAGAAGAACAAUUUUAAAACCUUCUUGUAAGGUGUAUCGUCAUGUGAAGCUAUGUCUUGCAUAGAAUAAUAUGUCUUCACAAGAUCACGCCCGGGAUAUGCAAACGUAUUCUUACCGUCUCGUUGAGGCUGUUUCCGGGAACCCUACCAGUUUUGACGUCAUCACCAAAGUUAUAUUUCAGUGUGCGAAUGGCGAUAUUUGAGCAUCGCUGCAAGUGCACCUCAUCGAAAUUAAAUAUCUGGGUUUUUCUCGUGUAGGCAAAGGCAGAGAUGUGAAUGAAUAGGAUCUUUUAUUCAGCCUAAACUGAGUGUACAACGAAUAUCCAUUAUAGUGACAAGAAAGAAAAGGAAUUAAAACUUGAAAUUCAAAAAUUCGUCUUUGGUUGCUUAACUGCUACAUUACAGAAUCCUAUUUCGAAUAAAAUCUUAAGAUAAGCUUUCUAUGAAAUAAUUAGGUAUUGCAGAAAUGAAGUAGUUUGCUUCCCUUUGGAAGAUGGAGCAGUAACUAUAAUAAUUUUAAUUUUCUGCCAUCUGGAAGAAAGAGAAAUACACACACCAUAUUAUGUCGCUGGAUAUUUCUAUAUUCCUAUCUGAAUCAUUUCAUUUCAGUUCUUUUUCUUCUGAAAUCGCUAAUUUUUGCUCUCGUAUCAAUGCUUUCUUAGAUCAUUCACCGAGACCUUGCGGCUCGUAAUGUGUUGGUUGGACAAAAGGAAACUUGUAAAGUGACAGACUUCGGAAUGGCCAGAGAUGUGCAGCAGGAAAAUAUUUAUGAACGAAAGACUAAGGUAAUCAAGAAAGAGGGGAGGUGGGGGCGGUACUUCAUAUCGUUCAGUUCAAUUAUCUUUCACAAUCAUUGUUGUGAUAAAGCUGAUAUACUCCUGAUUUCGAUGACAAAAUCCUUGGAUGGGACCAUAAUGAAAACAGCCAUUUGUAUACGAGUAUAAUUUUAAAUAUCACUGUCUUUGACCGGUCGCUUCCUAUAAUUUUUUAGCUGUUUCAAAAAGUGAUAUUUGAAAUCUUUAGGGCCGUCUUCCAGUGAAGUGGACAGCUUAUGAGGCCUUGAUGUAUGGUAAAUAUACCACCAAAAGUGAUGUGUAAGUAUACCCGAUUAUUACCCGUAGCAAUUUUCCAACAAGUUUUACCAAUAGAAUAAGAGGAAGGGUAAGUUUUGGGCUCGGUAAAGAAAUAGAGAAAGAUGUUUUUCAUCCUCUCACGAGCGUUGGACAAUGAAAAUAUUCUUCACUCCCCAUGAGGAAUCGAACCUCAGACCAUCUGAUUCCGCGCUCCGAUGCUCAUACCACUCAGCCACAGAGACUCUACGACUCUAUUCUCUUGCAUACUGCAAGGGUCAGCAAUGUCGAUAGAGUCAUGUUUGUAAAUAAAAAUAAAAGAGAGAAUCGGAGCGCGGAAUCCGAAGGUCUGAGGUUCAAUUCCUCGUGGGGACUCAAAAUUUUUCCUUCGUCCCACAAUCGUGACAAGACGAAAAACAUCUUUCUCUAAGCUUUUAUCAGUUUCAAUCAAGACAUGAAUUCUAUGCUUUGUCAAAGAAUACAUACAUUUUAGCUGUCGUAUAAAAUGUUUAUGUCUUCAGUCACCCAAUAUAUAUUUGUUUGAUUUGUCUUUCUGCAGAUGGAGUUAUGGAGUUUUGCUGUACGAGAUUUUUACCAUAGGUAACAUCGAAUUGAGAUUUAUAAGGCCCUGUCUAUGUUUUUUGCUAUAUACCAUGUUCAAUUAAGCAAUGUAAGGUGUUCACUUAGACAAACGUAAAAAGCUUCAAACAUCAAAUGACAUGGGUGGUGUUUCAGUGAAGGUCGUUUUUUCGUCACAUUUAUAUUUCGAUGGUUUUAUGGCUCUUCCAGGUGGUUCACCUUACCCACGAAUUGAUGGAAGAAAAAUUGCAAACUUACUUCAGGAAGGAUACAGGAUGCCUAAACCACAACACGUUGAUGAGGAAUUGUAAGUGUUUUUUCAAUUCGUUCUCUCUCAUCCUACAAGGAAACGUUCUUUAAAUCUCUAACAGAUCAUUUGAACAAUACCAGGUAUCAGAUUAUGAUGAAGUGCUGGAAGAAUGACCCAGAUGCAAGACCAACUUUUACUGAAUUGAAAAAUCAGCUUAAGGACAUGGAAACCCUACACAAGGUGAGAAUUUUCUUCAACAUGAAAGUUUCUUUUGACGUUAGACCGACUAACUUAGGCUUAGCUAAUUAGGGUUUUAAACUUAAUAGCGUUUAGCUUAGAUAGCGUACUUUUUACGAAGUUGGGAUUGCAUCUUCUUGUUAUGUCACUGAAGCUAGCACUCCACGAAAAACAAGGAGGAAGCGAACUAGAAUGUCCUUGCGACAAUUGACUCAUUAUGGUUAUUUAAAAGAUGGUAGGAUUAUUGCAAAAUUGUAUUGAGACGCACAAAGAGCAGCAAACGACACCGUAAAAUACUUUCUUGAAUUUGUUUUGGUGUGAAAAGUUGACCACUUGGGAGGAUAAACGCUUAUAACGUAAGAGGAACACUUUUUUAAUGAUGUCAAUUAUUAUAUUAUUCUUUUCUGCAGAAGCUGAUCAACAUGACAAUGUACGACAAGCAGUUGUAUGCAAACGUCGAGGAUUUAAUGGUGUAG